AUGACAUCACCGUGCGCAUCUUCGUCGUCUGUCUCGUCAGGGGCGGGGCCUGGUGCGGGCGCGGGGGCGGGCGGCGACGAGCCGCUGUCCGCGCAGGCACAGGCCGCCCUGCUAGCCGUCGAGCCCUGGUUCCACGGACCCAUCUCCAGGACGACCGCCGAGAAGCUGGUUAUGGAAGAUGGUGAGUUUCUAGUUCGAGAAUCAGCAGCUUGUCCAGGACAGUUUGUUUUGACUGGAGCGAGACGUGGUGUACACAAACACUUGCUCCUCGUGGAUCCUAAUGGUGUGGUGAGAACCAAGGACAGAGUAUUCGAGAGUGUCCCGCAUCUCAUCAAGUACCACUGCACUAAUGAGCUGCCCAUAGUGUCAGCCGACUCCGCACUGCUGCUUCGCAAACCCGUACUUAGGUCUGGCUCUUGA